AUGCCUUGCAGCUUGCUCAACCUAUGUCAGUACGAGACGCAAAAACUAGUCAGAAUCAGAAGCGUAAAACUCGGCUCAUUAAAAUGGACACUAAACGGCAUUAUCUUAAUGUUCAUUUGUAUCAUGUUGCUGUGGAAUAAAGAAUAUCAAGAGUAUGACUUGGUCGUCAGUUCUGUCACAACGAAGGUAAAGGGUGUAGCACAGACAAACAUAUCCGAUAUGGGUGAAGUUGUGUGGGAUGUCGUGGACCACAGCGGACCAUCUCAAGGGAAGAACUCAUUUUUUGUUGCAACCAAUGUUAUUGUCACAAGGAACCAGAAGCAAGGUAAAUGCCCAGAGGUUCUACAUUAUGGGAAGCAGUGCCACACAGAUAAGGACUGUGAGAAAGGAUACUCGGACCAACAUAGCCAUGGGGUUCAGACAGGGGCGUGUGUGAAGGCUGACAUUCUGAAAAAAACCUGUGAGGUGGCAGCCUGGUGUCCCAUUGAAAACAAGAAAAAACCUCCAAGAGAUGCUCUUUUGGCGUCAGCUGAAAACUUCACUGUACUUAUCAAGAAUAAUAUCAGAUUCCCAGCUUUUAACUAUAUCAGAAGAAAUAUUCUUCCUGAAAUGACUGAUACCUACCUGAAAAAAUGCAUCUAUAACCGACGCACUGACCCCUAUUGUCCUAUCUUCCGUCUGGGUGACAUAGUACACGAGGCCAGGGAGAACUUCUCUGAUAUGGCCAUUGAGGGUGGUGUGAUCGGUAUCCAGAUCAAUUGGGACUGUGACCUUAAUUACCUCAUUAACAAAUGUCUUCCCAAAUACUCUUUUCGUCGGUUGGAUGAGAAAGAGAGUAACCGAACCCUGUAUCCCGGACUCAACUUCAGGUUUGGAAGGUACUUCACGGUGAAUGGUGUGGACCAUCGGACUCUGUUUAAAGUUUAUGGCAUUAGGUUUGAUGUCAUGGUCUUUGGAAAGGCAGGGAAAUUCAGCAUUAUUCAACUGGUCAUCUACAUUGGAUCUACAUUGUCAUAUUAUGCUCUUACUACUAUUCUUAUUGACUGGCUUAUUGGAACUAGUUUCUACUCCAGAGAGGCCAGGCAGAAUUUCUCAGAGAAGAAAUUUGAGUCUGUCCAGGACAAACAGGAGUGUCUCUUCUGUGUAUCAUUUCUGGAUGAGAACCAAAUAAGGGUGGUGAAGAGGUCUCGAAAAAAACGACUACAGGAGGUUAGGGCUCUCUCCCUUCACCCAUGCAAGGAUGAUUCCGCUGGCCUUCGGGCUCUGCUGAGUGUGCUGCAGAGCAGCGAUGUCGCAAACGCUCCGUCGCAGAACGGUCAAAGCGGGCGUAAGGUAGAGGAGAGGCGAAGCGCAGAAGUGUCGCUGACGGAGAUGCCCCGUCCAGGCUGCCCGGAGUGGUGCGUCUGUGGGUCCUGCCGUCCGUCCUCCAGCCUCCUGGAGCAACUGUGCUGCCGGCGGGGUCGCGGCCGCUGCAUCGCGUCCUCGCCCUUCUUCCCCAGGCUGGUGGUGAACCGCUUUGUCCUGGAGACAAUGCUUCUGUAUGUGGACCCCCUCGCGGAGCUCCGCGAGGGGACUCAGCUCCGCCAUGGGGCGUACGCCCAAUACAUCAGAUGGCGUUUUGGGGACACUACUCCCAGAGAGGCCAUCCCAGUGAUCCCCAGCUGCUGUGUGCGGAGGAUCAGAGAGGAAUACCCCAGCAGCGAUGGGAAAUACAGUGGCCUCAGUUAUUCAGGGCCCUCACUGUCCAGCUCUAACACAUGA